AUGGCUUCAUUCACAGACAUGGACUUCAGCUGCCCAGUGUGCUUGGAGGUCUACAAGGACCCUGUGCUGCUACCGUGCAGCCACAGCUUCUGUAAGGCCUGUUUGCAGAACUGUUGGGGAGAGGAUGGUACUCGGCAGUGUCCAGUCUGUAAGAGGUGCUCCUUCGUGAGAGAUCCUCCAUGUAAUCUGAUCCUUAAGAACCUGUGUGACGCCUUCGCUCAGCAGCUGAGCCUGAAGCAGCCCUCUCAGGCCGAGGCCAUCUGCCCACAUCACAAAGAGAAACUACAGCUCUUCUGCUUGGAUCACCAACAGCCCGUGUGUCUGGUCUGUCGAGAUUCCAGAGCACAUCACGAGCACAAGUUCAGGCCCAUCAAUGAAAUGGCACAGGACUACAGGGAGCAGCUGCAGAAGAGUCUGCUGCCCCUACAGGACAGACUGCAGGAAACUAGUGAUGUGAUCCAGCACUGGUAUCAGACCGGUGAGUACAUCAAACAGGAGGGCGACCGCACAGAGAAGCUGAUCCAGAAAGAAAUUAACAAAAUGAGAGACUUUCUGCAGAAGGAAGAGCAGGAGCGGGUCCAGGCUGUGAGGACUGAGGUGCAGCAGAAGAUCAGCCUGAUGGAGCAGAACGUCGCUGCUCUGUCUGAAGAGAUGGAAACUCUGUCAAACAGCAUCAGACAAACACAGGAGGAGCUCAAAGCUAGUGAUGUCGCAUUCCUCCAGAAAUACAGUGGUGCAGUGAGACGAGUGCAGGAGGCCCCUUUAGAGGUUAUUCCACUAAUGCCCUCUGGGGGUCUGGUGGAUGUGGCCAAACAUCUGGGCAACCUGGGGUUUAACAUCUGGAACCAGAUGAAGGAUCUGGUGUCCUACACUCCAGUCGUACUGGAUCCAAACACUGCUUUCAGAUCCUUGUUCGUGUCUGAUGAUCUGUGCAGUGUGCACUGUGCAAACAGAGAAACAGAGCUUCCAUGGGUCCCAGAAAACCCUGAGAGGUUUAUUAAGUAUGUCAAAGUGCUCGGGAACGAGGAGUUCACAACUGGGAAGCACCGUUGGGAGAAGGAAGAGCAGAAGCGGGUCCAGGCUGUGAGGACUGAGGUGCAGCAGAAGAUCAGCCUGAUGGAGCAGAACGUUGCUGCUCUGCCUGAAGAGAUGAAGACUCUGUCAAACAGCAUCAGACAAACACAGGAGAGCACACCCAUUCCCUCUCAUCACACCUCUUUGUAUGCCUCUCCACGCUUCCAUGAAAUCUGCCUUCAUCCUCUCUCCCACUGCACACCAGUAAAGCUGCAGCAGAGGCAUAUAGAGGCAGUGCAGCUCAGACUACAGCUCAUAGGUCCAUACUGA